GUAACGUAACUCGUCCUAACCUCAAAUGUAGUUUGAAGUUUGAAAAUAACAUUACCGUAGAUAGAGAACAUUACCCAUCUAACCCAUCAUUGAAAGACAAAUGAGUUUCGUUUGAAAUUCGGUUUUUAAUUUAAGGCUCUGACUUGGGAUGUUUAAUGAAAUUUCGUGAAAAGUGAGAUUUUCAAACAGUCAUCCGUUGGUGGAAUAUUAUUGUUCAACAGCUACGUGAUGAAAACAAAAAAACUUAAAAUUUCGAAAAAAGAUGGGGGUUUGAAACACGCUGGUGGAAUUUCGGAGUUGCCUAUUGAAAAAAGUGAUCAUGAUACCGAGAUGACAAACGUUUCAGUUGAAGAAAUUGAUUCUAAAAAUGAAGGGACUGUUUCUAUCGUUCCAUCCUCAAACAAGGCUUCGCGGAGAUCCAAAGAAGGUGAAAACGAUAACGAUGCUUCAUCUGAUAGGCAGUAUGAAAAAAAGAAGAAGAAAAGGAAACAUAAUUGUAAUUUGGAUGAUGCCAAAUUCAAUACUGAUAUCACAGAGGAUAAUACUAGUGAAAUGCAUUCUUCUGAUAUAAAUACAAAAGCUGUUGAUGGUGUAGUUGAAGUCAAGAAAACGAAAAAACUUGAUGAUCCUAAUCCAAGAAAGAAAGCAAUAAAAAAUGAAGGGUCCGAGAAUAUUAAUUCGCAAGAAUGGGUUAAAGAUGACUCAUUUGUCUCUAUAUAUCCUGAAUCUCCAAAGAAAAGAAAAGUUGCUUCUGACGAUUUGCCCGAGAAAAAGGAAAGGAAAAAGAAAAAGGGGAAUAUGUCUCUGUUCAUUUCGCCUGCUCUCCUAGCCGGUUUGACACCUGAUACUAGCCACCCUGCUCAAGCAUGUAAAGAAGAAGAAGAAGAAUCAUCAGAAAACCAACCAAAGAAGAAAAAACAUGACAAAUGUUUGAAUUCUCAGUUCGCAGAUGCACCUGAAGGAAAAUCUACAUCUUGUUCGGAAUCGAAAACAAUGUUUCAAUCAAAAAAGAGCAGCAAGCUUCCCACUAUACCCAAUUCAGUGUUGGAUAAUUUAUUAUUAAAAUUUGAUAAAAUUGUUGAGGAAGAUAAAAAAAAACAAGAAGAGAUUGAGGCAGCUAAAAACAAGUGUCUGUAUGUCAAGAAAAAGGAGAAAAAAUGUAGCCAGGACAGUAGUGAAGAUGAAAACUUAGAAAUAGCUAGAAGAGAUGGUCCUACCACAAAUAAAAAAAAGAUUAUUGAAUUAAUGAAGGAAACUAAAUCUAUUGAAAGAAUAAAAGAUGAACUGAAUAUGGAGACUGACAAUGUAGAAUAUCAGAAAUUGAAAACAAUCAAAUUCGAAGUACCUUGGCCUCUACCUACUAUACAUAAAAUCGCACGCCAUGUCAGUGUUUCACCUACUGCCGAACAGAGGAAACAACUUGAAGGCGCAGGUAUCAAAUUGAAACUAGGUAAAUAUACUAAGGAAGAAGAUGCAAAAAUAAAGAAAAAUUGGCAACUAUUUUGUCAGUACCAUGGUUGGGAUGUUGAUAAUUACAUUCCUUUCCUCCUUGGCAGCCAGCAAUCCAGAUAUGGUUAUAUUCCCACUAAGAAAUUCAAAAAAUUCGUUCAAUUCAUUUCACAUAAUUUCGAAGAUAGAUUAAUGUAUAACAUUUAUAUACGUUUCAAGAGAAUAUUUGGCCAAAAGGAACGUAGGAAUUUCACACCCGAAGAUGAUGAAAUUAUCCUCGAAUAUUUGAACACAUCGAAGGCAACAAAACCAUUUGCAGACCUUGCUAAUUUGUUGAAAAGGCCGCGUAUUGCCGUACUCAAAAGAUAUCAAAAACUUAUCACUGACCAAUUAUUCGACCCUGAAAGAAUUUAUUGGGAUAAAUGUCGCACCAAAAAACUAUUUCUGACAAUGUUAGAAGUAACAGGUGUUAAGGAAUUUUCAGAUUUGAAAGAACGUCGUAUAACUGGUGAAGAAUGGAAAAAAAUAUCUACGAGAAUGGACAUUCCUUCCGAUAAAAUUAAGAGAGUAUGGUACAUGGAUUUCUAUACAAGGGUCUUUAAUCCAAAAUUUGAUGAAGAUUUUACAGAAAUAAGACAGGAAUUGAUAGAAACAUUGUCCGAAAAUUAUAACGACUGGCGUGAAAUUGAUUGGAAAACGUUGGCUAAAAAGUUCGAUUCAUUUACAUCCCCAAGAUUGUACAAGAUGUUCACCGACCUUGUGCGAAGUAGAGUUCCGAAAGAAAAGUUGAAGGAUUUUAAAGCUUGCUUGGAACAUCUGAAAGAAAACAGUAAAAGAAAAAAACCAACUUGCAGAUUCAAAUUUAUCCAAGAAGUGUUGGGAGAAAUUGAUGACGAAGAAAGUUAGAGUUUCAAACGAUUUCGUAAUGUGUGGAAAACAGUUAUUUUUGUGUACAUUUUACUGUUUUCUAUAUCGUUUCGGUUAUUAUUUAUAAUGUGUAUUAUAUUAUACAGAUUUUAUGAUACAUAUAUGAAUCAUAUGGAUCUUUUGUUUUGUUAUAGCGUUUGAGACAAUUGAUUGUGUUAUAAUCAACUCAGUUGUUGUAUUUGGAUAGAUCAAUUUUUUGAAAAUAAAACUGAAACGUGCAACUGGUACUACA